AUGCCGAGAGAAGACACUCAAAGGCUUACCCCUUGUUUCCAUCUGGAGCUCCUCCUAAUUCAGCCUCCAGAGACUUCCUGUCAGAAGUUCCUCAUCUUGUCUAAGAGCACUUUAGAUGGCAGGAACCGCUGCUCCUGCUCUACAGAGCCUCCUCUCACCAUCUUUCUGUCUGGAUUCAUCAGAGCUCCGUCCUUCAGUCGCUCGGGGGUGACUCCUCGAGGGACUGUCCUGGGCUCCCUUUUACAAACAGUGCUCUGUUUGAGAUUUAGUCCAGAUGAUCGAGCUGUUGCCGUGUGUGCUGGAAACAAAAUAUCCGUGCUAGACGUGGAGAAGCAGUCUGUGCUGGUGGAGCUGCAGGGACAUCAAGGCUCAGUGACAGCUGUGGAGUUCUGUCCCUGGCAAGCACACAUCCUCAUCUCAGUGUCUGAAGACAGAACCUUUAAGGUCUGGGACUAUUGUGUGGGAUCCUCGAUAUACAACUCAUCCAUUUUAACAGCUUACCCUCUCCUGAGUUUGCUUCUCUGUGAAGAAAACAGACAGCUGGUCACUGGCAGUGCGGAUGGCCAGCUGUGGAUAUUUAGUUUGUUGGAGAGUCACCACUAUCGCUGUGUGGCACAUGUGGACCUGAGGAAGAAAAGUGAGACUUUCUCCACUCGAAGAAUGAUGGCCAGGCAGGGCAGCCUUCCAGAAGACAGUCGGUACCACUCCACACCUGAGGUGGAUAAAAGGGAAGAAGCUGAAGCCACAUUCCCUGUCCUGAGCCUGGCACACUGUGACCUCUGCCUGCCAGACACCCAGAAUGGAGCUUUUUCCUCUGAGUGCACCAAAUGCCUGUGGAUUGGAAGCUCGACAGCUUUAUUCGUAUUUAACCCGGCAAGCGUUGAAUUAGAAGCUGCUUUACGUUUCAAGGACUUUCAGAGCCUGAGUGUCCAAGUCGCUGGGUCCUGUGCAGUGAUGAGUGAGACCAUGAGCCCCGAGGCACUGUGCGUACUUUCAUCUAUGUUUGGAAACAAGAUCGCUGUGCUGGACGUCAGCCUGGCUGCCCUGCUGAGCUCCCAGAGGAGCCCCGGUGCCGGGAGAGUGCUUUCCGUGCUGCCAAGCUCCUGUGUCCUACCAACCUCUCCACUGUAUUUUGGAGUUGUUAAGGAAAGCCUUCCUAAGCCUGCCAAUAGCAAACGACAUGCUGUGAGGAGUGUCACAGAGGACAGGCCCCUGGUUUUCCACAAUAAAAUCAGGUCAUCUGGUUAUACAUCGGCACCGCAUGGGACUAUGUUUUCCCCAAAGACCAACAUCAAGCAUAUUAACAAAAGAACUUCCAAAUGCAAGAACAGUCACAAGUGUAAGGAAUACUCUUUGGAGCAUUGCCUACCCAGAAAUCUCAGCAGGCAGGUUGCGGUGGCUCGGGAGCCUGUUGCUGUGAGCUGUCUGCAGUACUCAGGGGACGGACAGCAGUUGGCCUGUGGCUUAGCUAACCAUCUUUCCCUGGUCUUUGAUGCUAGCCUUUCUGGAAGACCUGCUGCUUUUUCAGGUCACGAUGGAGCUGUGAGCACCGUCUGCUGGAGCCACGACAAGAGAUGGCUGCUGUCUACAGGCCGGGACCGGACGCUGAGGGUGUGGUCAGUUCACAGGACAGAACUCAUGCUGCUUUUGGGUCCAGAGUCUUUCUCCAAGCCAAUAACGUCCACACAGUUCUACUACAUGGAUGCCUUCAUGCUGCUGUCUUCUGGCCCUGAACUUUGGCUCCUAAAGUACCACAUUGACCUCUGCAGGGAUGACAUGCGGAGGUAUAAACCCAAAAGCAGGUAUAAACCUGUUUUCAGGCUCCCGUUAACCAGUGGGGCAGACGUGACCACUCUGUCUGCAGUGAAUGACUUUUAUUCCCACGUCGUACUCACAGCUGGCCGGGACCGGGCUGUGGAAGUUUUUGACCUCAAUGUUGGCCGCAGCAUUGCAGUGAUACCCCAAGUCCAUUCUCGGCCUGCCCAUCAAAUCUGUCAGAAUAAAGGAUCAGCAUUUGCAGCCCAGCAGUCCCUGGCGUAUAAUCUUUUCCUGACCACAGCUGUUGGCGAUGGGGUUCGGCUGUGGGACUUGAGGACUCUGAGGUGUGUGCGCUGCUUUGAAGGGCAUCCACACCGCUGGUACCCUUGCAGAGUUGCGUUCAGUCCUUGCGGAAGGCUUGUGGGCUGUGGUGCAGAGGACAGACAUGCCUACGUGUAUGAAAUGGGCUCCAGCAGCUUCCUCUACCGUCUUGCAGGACACACAGACACAGUCACUGAGGUGGCCUUCAACCCAGCAGCUCCUCAGCUCGCCACUGCCACCUUGGAUGGGAAACUUCAGCUCUUUGUGGCUGAGUGACUGCUGGCCUGGUGAUAAGACUGCAGGACGAAAUGAAAGAAUUCAUGACUUGCCAUUGAGGCCGAUGGGGCAGUUUUUGUAGGGGGCCCUUGCUGGAUUCCCCUUCUGCAGGACUCACCCUCCUCUGAGCUUCCCUUCUCCUAGAAACCAUAGCCCAUCUGUGCAGUUAUUCUUCAAUAAAGAUGAGUCGGUGUCUGUUU